AUGUCUCCCAACGGAACCAAUGGGACGGUCGAGCCCAAACAUGGCAAGAUGAUCACCCAGAACGAGUAUAUGCCAGACUUGCCCGCCAAGCAUCUCAAUACACCUGUUCAAGUCACUCCAUCCCCAGAGGAAUUGGCUGCCGGCCAAUUCAAUGACGCCAAUAUUAAGCUGUUCCUCUCCGGGAUGCAUCGGGACGGUGUGGUUAUCCUCAAAGAUGUCAUCAACCCCGAUCACCUCGAUUUCAUCAAUGAAUUUAUGGUCGAGGACACCAAGAAGGAACUCAGCAAAGAGAACCUCUACAAGAACUUCGGGGCCGAGAACAUUCAACAGGGCCCUCCGUUGAGUCCAUCAAAGUACUUUUUCGACGACGUCUAUCUGAACAAGCUGCUCUUUCACGCGGUGAACCUUUACCUGGGACCGAACGCGACGUGGAAUAUGGUCAGUGGCAACAACGCCUUACCCCACGGAGUCAAGCGGCAACCUGUGCAUUCAGACGCCAUGUGCAACCACCCGCCAGCACCUUUCUAUGUGGUUGCCAAUGUCUAUACCUGUGACGCCAGUCCGGCCAACGGCUCGACAGAGAUUUGGCUCGGGACGCAUCAUUUCAACACCGAGGCCCAGACACCGCCCGGCUCAAAGGGGGAAACUCACAUCACAAACGAAUACGUUGCCGAGAGACAGAAAACGUUGCCUGGAAUUCAACCCACGGUGAAGAAAGGUUCGAUCCUCUUCCGAGACAUGAGACUGUGGCAUGCCGGAGUCUGCAACAAGUCUGACGACAUGCGAUUCAUGAUCGCCUUGGGCUUUUCGGCGAGCUGGUGGCACGGCACUGCCAAGUUCAGAGUUCCCGCAGGGACCGGUGUGUAUGAGCGCAUCAUCCACGGCACCAAGGGACAAGGAAUCACGCCUUUGAUGAUUGAGCUGUCGCCUGAAGAGUAUGAGAGAUUACGUGAUGCGCAUGACUUUAGUGAUGUCGAAAAGAUGACCUACGAAGGUGAAAUAUUUUAG